GACAUGCGCUCCGCCCUCCAAGCGCGAGAGAAGGGCGCGGGCUACCGUGCAGGCAUGGAUAGCAUCCUGUCUGGAACCCGGUGGUUUGGGCAGGGCACGGAGCUGAAGCCGUCGACUGCGUCACCCGAGUCUGAAGAGGACUUUGCUACAGCAUGGCAAAGGUUCUGCUCGCGAAAUCCGCGUCUGCGGGACCCGAAGGCCCUGCCGGGUCUCAUGCGCCGGGGGGUGCCGGCAGAAAUGCGAAGAGAGGUAUGGUCCUUCUGCCUGGGCGUUUCUGUCGCAGCAUCGGGGUCUCCGAGCUCAGGAGAAGCUGCCCCGCAGACGGUUGCAGAGGAAGCUGCGGCUAAGGAGGAAGCCAGCUCGGAUUUGUCCCAAACGCUGCUGGACGUGAUCGAGGCAGAUGUGGCCCGAACCUUCCCAAACAACAAGGAGUUCCAGGACUCUGGCGGCCCAGACAACCUACGACAGGUUUUGAUUGAGCUGGCCAGACAGGACAGCGACUUGGGCUACUGUCAGUCCUUGAAUUUCAUCGCUGCAAACUUUCUCAUGGUCCUCGGCAAUCCUGACCCGGCACUGGCUGCAGUGCGUCAGCUUCUGACUAAGCUUCAGACGCGCCAGUGGUAUACGGACGGCAUGAAGCAGCUGCGCGCGGACACGACAGUUCUUGAGGAGAUGCUCCGGGAACGGCUGCCCGCCGUGCACAGUGUCCUCGCACAGCACAGGUUCGACUUUCUGUUCGUCACGUCCAAGUGGUUCCUGUGCCUGUUUGCGGCAACCCUGGCGGAUGAGGCCUUGCACCGCGUUUGGGACGUCUUGCUGGGGGACGGAAUUGAGGCCGUUUUCAGAAUUUCGCUGUCCUUGUUUGCACUGCAGGAGAAAGCAAUUCUGUCGGUGAAGUCCCAUGACGAUUUAAUUCACUUGAUGCAGGAGUGGCAGCCGGAUUGCUCUCCGGAGGUCAUCAUCCAGACUGCCUACCACCCUUCCCUUGCGGGGCUCCUGAGCAGAAAAGAGCUCGACCUCCGACGGCGGAAGGCUGCCGACGAGAUCUCGUCUGCCGAUACCCGCGCCGAGAUGCGAAUCACGCACCUCAAACGAGGAGGUGUACGCCCGGCAUCCAUCCUCGCUAG